AUCUAUAAUGUACAUUAUAGAUCUGAAUCGGGUAAAUGUGCAAAAAUGUUUUCUUUUUUUAUACAGAUACGCAAAUGUAAGCGCAGUGUUGACGACUGCUGGUUCUGUGCCUUGUUUCCAAAGAGACUGGACCAAGAUCUUGAGUGGUUACCAGACCCAACCACUGGGCCAGAUGGGGAGUUCCUGCUGCUGAGUGACUGUAUCGGUACAGAAACCACAGAUGACAAGAGGCCAUCUCUUGAUGGCAAAAUUGCCAUUUCAGAGAAUGAUAAAAAAAACAAGUCUCAUCUAAAUGCAGCUCAAGUUAGAGGAUUCAUUAUUUGUCAAGAAUGUGGGAAGAGAAGAGCUAUAUAUUGCAAGCGAAAAUUGUCUCAUAUUGAGGUAUGUUGUUUUAACCACUUGUACAAAGCAUUAAAUGAUUAGAUUGUUAAGUAUAUAGUUUCAUAUUGGCUACUUCAAUGGCAAGCAAAUAGAAACAAUUUUGAGAAAAAAUUAAUUAUAAAUUAAA